AUGGCUGAUGAUAACUUAGGCAAAAAUAGUAAUAACAAUACAGAUAUCACGACAAAUUUAGAGUCAACCCUAAAUGUAGCUUUGCUGCUUCAGUUAUUAACAAAUCCAACAGUUUUGUAUUUCCACGUGAUUCAAUACAAAAUCCUAUUACUAAAGAAGAAUGGAAUCAAUGGAAAAAAAAAGAAACAGCCUAAAGAAGACUGGAAAGAUUUUCUUCAUUUAUCAUAUGAUACUUAUUGGACUUAUCGGAGAAAUCUUCACGAUAGAUUAAAUGCUACUUGUGAAAAAGGAAAAUAUGCAUUUGAGCAAACACCAGGAAAAAUUCGAAAUGUUAUUAAUAAUAAUAUCAUACCACCUGAUCCAAAGCAUAAAAAGGUUACACCAAAUUAUGAAUUAUCAUCAACUGCGCCAAAUUCUGAAUCAUCAACUACGCCAAAUUCUGAGUCAUCGUCAAGCAUAAUCCUGCAUAAAUCGAUUUCACCUAUACAAAAUUCUGGAUUAUCAAGCACAAUGAAAUCAGAAAUACAAUCAUUAUCAUUAUUACAAGUACCAGUGCAAAGAAAGCAAAAACAUCUGAUUAAGGAAAAAGUAACCAAUAUAACUACGAAUACUCGCAAGAAAGCCAAAAAUGCUCAACAUUGA